AUGACACCAAAAUUAAGCUAUGGAAUUAUUCUUACUAAAUUAUUGUUCUGCAUCUCUCUGUUCUGGGCCAUCAACUACUCCAAUGAGAAGAAAAAGACACACAAUGUUUUAAACGUAAGGACUAGUCGAUUAUUGAGAGGAUACGAAGAAACUCACAGAAAUAACGGAUAUGAGAAUUUAAAAGAAAAGUUGAUGGGGUUCGUGGAUGAAGAUGAUGCAAAAUUUACAAGCCGCCUAAAGUCUUCUAUGAAAGAUCAUAAAUUUAAAGAACAAUUCAAUUUAUUAAUGAAUUAUGAUGAUGACGAUGAUAUUACCUCAAAAUAUAAAGCAAUAGUCGGUGAUCGAUGUCAUAAAAACUCACAUCCCAAUUUAGGGUAUACUUUCAAAUUUACCAAGGGCAAACGUAAAAAUUCUUCUCGUAAUAAAUAUCACUCACAAUAUCUUACCUAUCACUAUGAUUCUAAAAAUGCAGAAGAAUAUGGACAUCUCAACCAAAAUUUACGUAAACAAAAAAUCGCUUAUAAAAAGGGAAGUGGCUAUAAGAAUCAUUACGAUGAUGAUGAUUCUCAUGAGGACUAUGACAAAGACUAUGACAGAUACUGUAGGAAAGACUCUCAAAAAGACUAUGUUGAUGACGAUCAUGAUGACGAUCAUGAUAACUAUGAUGAUGACCAUGAUGAUGACCAUGAUGAUGACCAUGAUGAUGACUAUGAUGAUGACCAUGAUGAUGACCAUGUUGAUGACCAUGAUGAUCACUAUGAUGUUGCCCAUGAUGAUGACCAUGAUGAUGACCAUGAUGAUGACUAUGAUGAUGACCAUGAUGAUGACCAUGAUGAUGACUAUGAUGAUGACCAUGAUGAUGACCAUGAUGAUAACUAUGAUGAUGAAUAUGAUAAUGAACACGGAAGUACAUAUGGAAAUAAAUAUGAAAAUCAAUUUGGAAACUGA